GAUCAAGGACACGCUACACAUUAUUUUAGCUGCUGAGCUGUCCGGUCGUCAUAUAUAGUCCUCCUCAUCACCAUGGGUAUCAAACGUAUCUGUAACCCCGGAGUCAUGUAUACCAGGCGUAUCCCUGCCGCUCUCCUCUUCAUAUUCUGCUGUAUGAUCUUCAGCGUUUAUGUUACUUAUUUCAACCAUGGGCCACCUGAAGAUAUUAUGGCUCGGAACAGACAGCAGCAACAUGGUGCUGAAUCCGACAACGAGGACAAAGGAUUGCACGUCGCUAAAAGAGACGAAUUAAACGCAGUAGAAAACGAGGAGGGAGGAGAUGAUGAAAAAAUCAAGGACGAAGAUAAUCCCGACUUUGUGGAAUCUAAAAAACUAUGGGAAAACUUCAUUAAGUCAAAUGAUUAUGUGUCAAUAGGGGAUCUCUACAGUGGUUGUGAUGAGGGUGACAGAGUACUUGUCGGAAAAUCUAUUAUGUUGCCAGACAAAGAGAACGGAGGAAUAAAAGCAAGAAUAUUCCUAAAUUUUACAUUUGAGGAGGAGUACAUGGGCGGGGAGUUUGUCCUGGAGGUAAAGUACAACAAUAAGGAACUGUACGACAAUCACUGGGACAUGUGCAUCCUUGAUGAAAAUCAGCCGGACCGCCUCAUCUUCUGUCCCUACGAGGCGAACGCCCAGUGGUCGUGGGUCAAGGAUAAGAAAAUACCAAGUUAUCUUCCAAAGGGACGGUACGAAACGAAGGCGUACGUGACAAACCAGGAUGACAAGCGUAUACUUUGUGGAUAUUCUUUAUUUAUUCUGUAGUACAACUCACAACCCUUCCACUGCGAUAUCUCAGGACUCUCCCAAAGAUCUGUAACUAUGACGACGUGCUAUGCAUUGUAACGUGUACCCUAUGAUUAUCAUAGACUAUCUCCAUCGAUUCGAUAUGUGUUAAAACAAUCUGGUUUAGUAUGUUUAUUGAUGGGGAGUAACAACUCGCAUUGACUUGCGCAAUUGUAUGCAACUAGUCAGAGACAUGUACACAUAUGAAAACCUCCACUAUUUAAUAAUAGAAAUCAUUAUGUUCGAAAUAUGUAAUUUAUCAAAUUAUUACCAAAACAAUCUAUUAAAUUAUUAGUUUUUUAGUUUAUUUACAUGUGGUAAAAUUUGUAAUAUGCAAUCAUCUUUUAAUUAUAUUAUGACAUAUUAGGAAUAAUAGGCAAAUAUUUUUCCUUGGUCUAUGGUAGUUAUAUUUAAAUCAAAGUUUCUUAGUUUUCAAAUUUAUUUAAAUAAAUGUGUUUUUUGUUAUAAUAUAUUGAAGUAGUAUUCAAGUUAACUAUAAAAUAUAUUUUGUUAUGAGUACGAAUUCUUAUCUGUAAUACCGUAUCGUGUUAGUGAGCACCCGAAGCAGUUGUUUUGAUUUUGUUUUAUACCUUCAUUUGCUUUCAUCUCUUCAUGAUAAUAAGGUGUGUUUUUUCAUGUUCAGUUUGUUUUGUUCAUUUAACUAUGUUUAUAUUUAGAACAGUUUUUCAUAUGGCACUUUUGUUCAGGACCGUAUAAAUGAUAUACCUUGCCAUGGUAAAUUAGAUAUAUUUCUAUUCAAUCUAAAAUAAUCAGCAAUGAUGACAGAGGCAAUGAAAAAAUCCGUUUGUGCACGUCAUUAAAGUACUAGUAUGUAUGUGCAUGCCUAUUGUUAUAUAUAGGACAGUUUUUUUGCACAGGGCCGUAGAACUGGUGUACUUAGGCAUGCUCAAAUAUGCUUAUUAUGUUAAAUCUCAAUUCAAGCUAUGCUGUAAUCAACUUUGCUGACAGUAGCUGUAACGAUUUCAGUUUUGGCAGUUCAGUGAAAUACGUUAAUGCCUUGUUAAGGACAUUUUUUCACAAAGCACAUUUGUUCAGAGCCAUAUUAACUGGUAAAGCUAGACAUUUUGAGUUACGUUGUUGAUGCGAUUAGUCAAUUCAAACUAUAAUAUAUCAAUCAAUGAUGGCGGUAGCUAAGUGGAGACUUCAAUUUUAACCAAAAAUAUCCAUUGGCAUAACAAGAUGACAGUAGUCAUUCCUACCAAGUUCAAAAUUGCAUAUUGCACGUUAAUAGAGUGUUUAAAAUGUAUUAUGUCAUUUAUGUGUGUGAUAUUAUUAAGGUAGUCGUUGUAAUUUGACAUACCGAUGUUUUUGAAAUCUGAAUUAAAAAUCCCUAUUGACGGUGUCCUUGUUGAAAUACGUUCAUAAUAAAAAGUUAUGUCAUAAAC